GAGGAAUGGCCGUUGAGGAUGUCUUGUUCAAUGUGACUGUGUCCCAUGGUGCGAACUUGGGGCCAAUAAACACUCGAUAGUGAUGCUGCUUGCCCUGAAUCUUGAAGAGGAAUCUUGAAGAGGGCCUCGUGGAGACUUAUCGACAUGUUGGACAUAUUCAGCAAUAGAACCAGCAAGUCCAGAUCCAGAUUUGGCUGUUAGGGCUUGAAAAGUGAUCUCUCCUACUGCCCAGAUAUCGGCGGCGUACGGAUCCUCACUCUUGAGGAAGCCAUAGAGUUCUGGAGCCACAUAACCCGCUAUCCCUUUCCCAGCUGUGGUGAGUACACGGCCUUCCUCGAUACGUUUGCUGAUGCCCAAAUCGGCGAUCUUUACGGACUAGGGAUUCCAUGGCGGGCAGGCUGGAUAAGCAUGUUCUGAGGGAAACGACCAGUCAGCUCCGCAAUGAUCCGAUGUCCUGUUAGCUCUCAUAUGUCGCUUGUAGCGCUGUACCCGCAGAGAAAAGUUACAGAAGCGCGAUAUCACUACGCCCAUCGCCGCACUGGAAACCAUCCUCGUCAUUACGCGGCAACGACAGCCAUACACCACCGCGAAAGUCUGGGUUUGUUCGAUUCGGAUAAAAUUCGACAAGACGGUUCUCCCGGUCUCCGAAUGGCCUCGCGUACUAAGCAGCUGCCGCGCACGAUUCGGUGAAAAAGCCAAUCCCUUCAUCCUGCGACCCAACUUCCUCGUCACCAUACUGAGCAACAUCGACCCCUAGAGCCACCUGGUCGUUGCUUUAUGGAACGCCGUGGUAUUGAGCGGCAAGAAGCGUGCGGCCAAUGCGCCCAUAACCCUUCGCAGAGCGGGUCACCGAGGCCCUUAGACGCCGAGCAUGUAGACAUCGUGGCCGCCCUGGACGUCUCUGUACGCUCCGCCCAUGAAAUUUGCCAACUGUCAUAUGGCUUCCCGCCCUGUGGGCCUAUGAAUAUGGCCACGACAACUGGUGCGCGCGUCAAAGGGUGUCAAGGGUCCCGUUGACCUCGAUAUCCACUGACAAUACUUCAGUAUAGUGGCUCAAGAGCCAUUUCGGCGUCCUAUGGGCGCGAUUUUGCGGUGCAGAAUGAAAUCCUGCCCCGGCUGGGUGUGUUGUCUGUUACUGGGUUGUCUAGGGCUCGGCUGGGGUGUGACUUGCGUUUUGGAAGCUCGGCCGAGGCAAGUCUCGUACAUCUAAUUGGGACUGAAAGGAGAGCAGAUAUGCCAUGCAUCGUGUUGCGCGUAGAACGCAAUUGAUUUCAUCUUGGACUGUUAAGAAAGAUCUCGCUGAAGGGAAAUGUAGUCACGUGGGUGCUAGACCCUUUUUAUGCGGCUGCCCAAGGCUCCGUUCCGACCUUCGCAACAAACGCAUACUCAUUAAGUUGUUCCUAGCCAUAAAAGCAUUUGAGAAGAGCUACGAAAUAGCCCUCUAAAUAUGAGUGGGAGAGUGCAUCUGAGGUUGUCGACUCCCUGACUCGGAAACGAGAUCGGCCCCGAACGCCAGCCAGGGAGACGCUCCCUAUUGGCUCGCUCAACAAUGCCAUCGAUAGAGACGCGGCGAACCCCUCGCCAGCUGGCUGAAUCCAGUGGCAGAAGCACUUACAUGUGGGAUCCCCCAAAGGCUCAAAUUAGCGAGAGCUAGCCUUCCCAUAAUAGCAUAUAUAUAUAGCGAGCACCGUCUGAUGGCAACGCUCGCGUUGGUUCCCGGGCAAUCGCAUCGUGGAAUUGAGGCUUUCCAACCAAGUUCUGAUGUGCACACCAGCUCGAACAAUCCGGUUCUUCGAGGAGAUGAGCCCGGAUCAUUGGGAGCUUUGUGGGUGGGAUCUGGAAGUAUUGGAGAGGCGGACCGACUCAAACUUUGUUAUUUUCGCCUCCUCUGAUCUCCCUAGAUUUGACCAAUACAGGUCGCAUUUUCCAAAGGAAUUCUGGUCCGUGGUUGAUGCAGAUAUCGCCGGCUCUUUCUACUGCCAUUAUAGCUGCGCUGAUUCCAAGACACGUCCAGAUGUUUCCUGGGCAUCUUUCAAGGUGAAGCUUGUCUACGAAGCUGGGACUUACGCUUGGCAACAGCCUACCUUCUUUGUUAAGAGGAGUUCUGGAACUGGAAGACAAAUUGUUUGGCUUAUAGACUUUCUCCCCUUGGACCAGCAGAGCGCAUUUCUCAAGAACCUUCCGAAACGCUCUGAUCGGGAUCGCAACUUGUUUCUGUGGCAUACAGUCUUCGCGCAGGAGAUUCUUGAGAAAUUCGACACGAGUUUCUGGCUAUCGAGGGACCUGGUGCGCAACUUUGAAAAGUCUGCACCGCCCGGAAUCCACCAACCAUCAGGCUUCCGUACCAUUCACGACAUUGUCAGACACGUCAUCCAUAUCAACGAGACGCUCGAGUCCGCCGAGCAUACCAUUCAAUGCAUGGUAGAUGAGCAGAUCCGCUGGCGGACCGAAGACCCAACUACCGUGGUGGAGAUUCGAGAACUCUGGCUAGAUGCACAGUCCCGGCUGCUCGCCCUGCUAAAGGGAAUUCAUUCGUUGAAGACGCGGUCGAAAUCGUUGGAGGGACGGCUUAACAAUGAGAUUAGCUUGGCGUAUAAUCUGGUCUCCCAAGCAUUAGGUCGAGAUGCCCGCUCCGAUAGCGGGAUGAUGAAGGCGCUGGGUAUAGUCGGGUUGGUGUAUCUGCCAGGGACAUUUGUUUCCGGUAUAUUUGGCACAAACUUCUUCAGCUUCCAAGGCGGCUCCAGUGAUUCGCUUAAGGGUGACUGGACCGUUUCGUCUGAUUUCUGGCUCUACUGGGCCGUGACGGUAUCUCUCACGCUCGGCACCGUUCUUGUCUGGGUGCUCUGGCAUUUCCGCGCGUAUAUGAUGCGGACUUGGGGUGUGAUUUGGAACUGGUGUUGGCGGUGGCAUUGGCCUUCGUCCGGUUCCUCGCCUUCGCCUUCGCCUUUAGCGCCAGGGCCGGGGCCAGGGCCGGGGCCGCUGUCUCUGUCGCUGUCGCUGCCGGGCCUUGGGAAUCAAAUCGGCGCUAGGAGGGUUAGUGCGGUCUUCGUGGGAGGCGAGCCUUUUGAACCUGUGAGGAAUCGUGAGCUUGAGCAUGUGUAUACAGAGCUGCAGGCUUGAUCUUGUGUACAUGCAUACUUUGUAUGUCGAGCCGUGGGGUUCUUGGCGAAGUCAUACAGGUGGAUUUAGGGCGAUUGCGUGAGAGUAGAAGAGAAGUCGGGCAGAAUCGAAUCGAAAAGAUG